AUGCGAAUCAAGCAUCCGAAUACUGCCAAAACUUGUUGCCAAAUCGACACUUCCAACGAUCAUCACCCAGCCCAGAACAGAGAUGACUUUAUUGGGAAAGCGACUCGCACAAAUCAACCUAUCAAAGCCGUUAAGGGAAAGAUUUUAAAAUCAACGCUUGCUAAAGAUACAGUUUCAAAUCAUCUGUUACACAGAUUACCUGAAGAAGAGUUGCCUCUUGCUCGUGCUGCUAAUCGUUUCAUGACCCAAUUUUCUGCAUGGUCCUCUCAUGUCAAAUCAUGGGUACCCGUUGAGUCUGCUUGUGAAAAUCCUUCCUCCAAUAUAGACUCAAAUGAAUGUGAAUCAACCAGUCGAGAAGCCAACAAUACUACACGGCAUACUACCUGUGGGGAAAAUAUCGCUAUUCUCCAUACAGAGAGUGAGUUGGCAGAUAAAUCAUCCUCGCUUCAAGUAUCUCUGGCUUCUAGACUACCGAAUCCACAGAAUAGUCUGAUCGAUACCGGCAGCUGCGACCUUUUGACAAUGUCUCACGUCUAUCCUAUUGUUCCUGAUCCUAUAAUGGCUUUAGCACCCCCCUAUGUAGGUGACCCUAACUUGAGGGUGCACCAUCAUCACCACGACAGCCACACUCAUCGUUAUCAGGAUUAUCCUUCACACUCGGGUUCUCACGACCAAGUAAAAUCAAAACGGCCUGGCAAUCCAAAUGAUAUGUCAAUUCAAGCCUCAUCUACGUCACAUCUAAAUCUAAUCUCAGUCCAAAGCUCUUCGACGGAUGCCGUUGUUCCUCUUGAUUCCAUUUCAUUAUCUAAGGCCGAAGAGAUUCCGACGUCAAAAGGCCAACUUGUCCUAGAAAGCAGCGAAUUUCUUGAGUCAGGCGAAGAGCUUGACGACGAACCUAUUGAUGAGGAGGAUGAAGACAUUGGU